CUCCCUCCUGGUUCCAUGGGCUGGCCCAUUCUAGGAGAAACCCUUCAGUUCUUCAAGCCUUAUACGACAUUCGAUAUCUCUCCAUUUGUCAAAGAGAGGAUGAAGAGAUAUGGGCCAGUGUUCAAAACAAGCUUAGUCGGCCGACCCCUUGUAAUAUCAACCGACCCAGAGCUGAACCAUUUUGUAUUCCAGCAAGAGGGAAGGCUGUUUCAGAGCUGGUAUCCUGACACAUUUAAAGAGAUAUUUGGAAAAGAGAACGUUGGAGAAUUGCAUGGCUACAUGUACAAAUAUCUCAAGACUUUGGUUCUUAGGUUGUUUGGCCCUGAAAACCUUAAAGAGUUUAUGCUUCAAGACAUGGAGAAGCUGGCUCGUGACAGACUCAACUUCUGGUCUCGCCAAUCAUGUAUUGAGAUCAAAGAUCUCAUCUCAGCUAUGAUCUUUGAACUCACAGCUAAGAAGUUGAUUGGGUAUGGGGCUUCUAAUGGAUUGGAGGAUAUGAGGAGCAAUUUUGUUGCUUUCAUACUUGGACUAAUCUCCUUUCCAGUGAACGUUCCGGGAACUGCAUAUCAUAAAUGUUUGCAGGAAUGUUAUACAGGACGUAAGAAAAUAAUGAAGAUAUUGAAGAGAAUUCUUGCAGAGAGAAUGAAAUCACCGAAUAAGGACUGCAACGAUUUCUUUGACUGCAUAAUUGAAGAGCUCCAUAAGGAAAGACCAAUUUUAACAGAGGCGAUAGCUCUAGAUUUGAUUUUUGUACUUCUUUUUGCCAGCUUUGAGACCACCUCCCUAGCUCUUACCCUUGUUGUCAAACUCCUUACCGAUCAUCCUAAAGUGCUUCAAAAUUUAAAGGAAGAGCAUGAUGAAAUUAUUAAGAACAGAGAGAACCCGGAUUCUGGAAUCACAUGGCGAGAAUAUAAAUCUAUGAGCUUCACAUUUCAAGUCAUCAACGAAGGCGUGAGGUUGGCAAACAUAGUUCCUGGGAUUUUCAGAAAGACAUUGAAAGACAUUCAAAUAAAAGGU